AUGUCGACCUCGCAACCCUCAAACGGCCAUGCUUUCACCCGAUCCGCGGGCGACGACCCCGAACAAGAACCCCUCCUCCCCACCUCCUCACCUCGCAAAGACACACCGCUCCCCAAACGCGCAAUCAUCAUUCUCAUCCUCAUGCGUCUCGCCGAACCCAUCUCGUUCACCCUCAUCUUCCCGUUCGUCAACGAUCUCGUCUACACCCUUCCGCCCUAUCCAGCGCGCGCGUCCGUCGGAUACUACGCAGGCAUCAUCGAGUCUCUCUUCUCCGUCUCGCAGACGUGCACCAUUCUCUUCUGGGGCAGUCUGUCCGAUCGAAUUGGUCGCAAACCUGUGCUCAUCAGCGGGCUGUGUGGUGUAGCCUGCAGCGCGGUGCUCUUCGGUUUGAGUAGGAGCUUCGUCUGGGCAGUCCUGGCGAGAAGUUUGGCAGGGGCGACGAAUGGCAAUGUGGCAAUCAUCAAGAGCGUGAUGGGCGAGCUAACGGACGGGAGCAACCAGGCGAGGGCAUUCAGCUUUUUGGCCUUGACGUGGACCGUGGGAAGCUUCAUCGGACCGCUGUUGGGAGGAUAUCUGAGCAGACCGGCGGAGCAGUACCCGGGUGUGUUUGGCGAGGGCAGCUGGGCGGGAUUCGGAGGGCUGUGGGUCGAGUAUCCCUUCCUGUUGCCGUGCCUGGUGAGUGCGGGACUGACGUUGGGAAGUAUUACCUUGGGCGCGGUGGCGUUGGACGAGACCCUACCGUCGAAAGUCGAGCAAAAGAGGAUCGAGCAGCAGCAGAAGAAGCGACGGUCACAGCAGGCCGACGACGAUGAUGCCUCCCAUUCGAACGGCUAUGGUGCAGUGGAGAACACUACCACCACCGAAACCACAUCGACCACCACCAACCAUGCUCAAACCGAACCACCAACUCCACCGACCAUCUUCUCGAUCCUGUCCAUCGCGCAGAUCCAGAAGGUACUCCUCUCAUACGGCCUCCUCGCCCUGAUCUCGGUCGCGCUGGACGCAGUCCUUGUGCUGUACCUCUUCGAGCCCGCAGCUCUCGGCGGUGUAGGCUUCACAUCGUCCGAAACGGGCAUUUUGCUCAGCAUCAACGGACUCGGAGGGGCGCUGGUCCAACUGAUCCUCUUCCCACCCCUCCAGAAGCGAUACGGCACCCUGCGCGUGUAUCAAGCGUCCAUGCUCUCCUUUCCGCUGUCGAUGGUACUGCUGCCCGUGGCGAACGCCUUCGCUCGCAGCACUUCCGCUACUUCGGUGGCUGUGUGGACAUGCCUGCUGAUCAGCACGGCGAUACGUGUGAUGGGCGGCAUGGCGUAUGCCAGCAACACGAUUCUCGUCACCCAAUGCGCAUCGCUCCUCGACCCAAGUCCUGCACUAGGCACGCUCAACAGUCUGGCGCAGAUGAGCAGUAGCAUCGCACGUGCAGCCGGCCCGUAUCUUGCCAACAGUCUGUUUGCGUUCAGCGUGACGACAGGUCUGCUGGGCGGGCAGAUGGUGUGGGUGGUUUUGGGCGUGAUCGGGUUUGUCGGGCCCUUGGUGUGUCUCCGGCUGGAUGACAUGGAGCGUGGGCAACGGACAGAAAGGAGCGAGGGCAGGUAG